AUGUCUUACCGGGUGUUGGUGGUGUUAGAUCCUCAGUUCUCCCGUGCUUUGGUGCGGGAUUCUUAUGGAUGUAUCGACUGGGUGACCCAUGACUAUCCUGCUCUCUUGGCUGCCGAUCUCCUGGACAGUCCGACCCUUUGCGGCUUUGUCUUUCCUGGACAAUCCGGCCACCUUGUUGCACAGCGACCAGGCUUUGUGCCAGUGCGGCUUCAUGAAAAGGUUUGGAUGUCGAAAACUGCUGCUGGUUCCAGACUGAUCCCUGUAACCCAUAAGUUAUUAUUUUGGCUUAGAAUUCGGCACAAAGGAAUAACUGUAGAGUUCAUGAAGUUUGAAAAUUUUCGGGAUAUACUGAUCUCACCAAACUCUGACUUCAAACAAACAUUUCAACAAUAUCACUCGGUCUGUGGCGGCCUAGAUCUUAUGGUGGACCCAAGGCAGGCUGGUGGUUGGGGCAGCUCAGCCCAGCUGCAGCAAUACAUAUAUGGCCUACAGAUGCUGGAGUCCAUUGUGCCGGUAUGGCCUCCAUCCAGAGAGAUCCUACGCGCCUCCAUAAAAUUCAAUGUAAUCAUCAACCUUGACCAAAUUGCAUCCAGAAUGGUUAACUCCCCCAGACCACGGACCACACUCCUUUCUCGCAAUGAUGUCUCACAAUCCUUUGCAGGCUGGAUUCUGAAGCGUGAAGGCAGUGAUUGCAACCGUCAUGUUUUAUUACCAGGAAAAGUGGAUCCAUUGAAUCUACCCCCAGACUGUGGUCAUUUCAGGUGGUUAAAGCAGUCAUAUGUACCCACCCUUCGGAAGCUGGGAGAGUGGCGAAUUAUCUUGGUAGAUUGUCUACCAUUGUGGGUGGUGCACACAGCUCCUGGAAAUAGGCGAGAGGAGUUGGUCUUUUUGCAUCGGGAUGCAGGCCGACCCAGCCUGCGUAUUAGGGAACCUUACGUCUUUGAUGAUAUCAUGGAUCCUGUAGGGGGCACGUGCUCCGAACGCCGCCAAGCCGAUCAAGAACUGGAGUCCUUUGCGACAACCGUAUUGAGUCAGCUCAUAGAAGUUGAGGAAGAUUUGCUGGGUGCACCCAGCUCCUUGAGGCUGAUGGUCCGACUGGAUAUUGGUGUCAUGCAUGGUCCUGAUGGACAAUUAGGCUAUUUUAUCAACGAGGUGGAACGCGGAGUGGGUAUUGGUCUAUUUACCGCCGGGAAUCCAAGGUGGACCUUGCGGCUGGCUGAUGAAUUUGGGUGCUCAUUCUCCAAGUGGAUGACCAAAACCUGCCUGGCUAUGGAACGCUUAAUAGAACCUGUGACAUAG